AUGGAAUACGGUUAUAAUAAUCUGGCAUUAACGGUAUUGGUUGAUGAUCCAAAUUUUAAUGCUUCUAAAAUUGACUCCUCGCCACCAUAUGCAUACAUUUUGAAUCAGGAAUUCCCUCUUGAUGUCGAAGUUCAAGACGAAGAUUUUUUUAGCAUUAUCCUAGUCAGACCACAUUUAUUUGUUAACAUUAUUGAAACAGAACAAAGAUCUAGAACGUACGUGAGCAUUUUUGGAGUUAUCGGCGGUGCUUGGGGGUUGGUAUGGGCAUUCUAUGUAUUUUUAUUUGGCGCAUCGUUAAUCCAUCCAUGGGGAUUUGUACAAUCACGUUGCUGUGGGAUUAAACGAGAAAUUAAAGAAAAUAUAGAUGUUAAAUUAUCGAAGUUACCAGAAGAUAUCAUGGAGGAGAUGAAAAAAUUAAAAUAUUUAUUAGGAGAGUACGUUGUUGACCUACAAAGCAUUGAAAAAUGA